AUGACUGGGACCCCUGCACCCUAUCACAUGACCGGGACCCCUGCACCCCAUCACAUGACCGGGACCCCUGCACCCCAUCACAUGACCGGGACCCCUGCACCCCAUCACAUGAUCGGCACCCCAGAACCCUUCCACAUGACCAGCACAUCAGCGCCCCAUCACAUGACCGGCACUUCGGUACCCAAUCACAUGACCAGCGCUGCAGCACCCCCUCACUUGACCAACACACUGGCACCUCAUCACAUGACCGGCACAGCGGCUCUUCCACCUUCAUAUGGAUUUGUAACCAACAACUGGAUAGAAGAGCGACAGUCAUGGUUUCCGGAGGAGCCGCCUCCCACCGCGGACACCUCUGACCCAGCCGCAGAGCUGGAACCGCAGAAUCCGACACACCUCCAAGGAUUCCAAGUCGGUUUUGAGAAUUUUGGGGAUUUGUCUUACGUCGAUCCCGCCGCACAUUACCACCAGAUUGCCUGUCCCAGUGGCGCCUUCCUCACACCGAACGCUGGCGGCCGAGGGCUGGUGAGAAGUCAGACUCUGAGAGAGGACGCCUGGCGGGGUGACGAGGAGAGACGGCAGAUGAGAAGAUUCUCCAUGUAUGACGUCCAGCCAAGAGCUCCCGAUCAUCACCGACACACUCAGAUAACCGACUGGAAGAUCCCGAUCCUGGAAACCUCCUCCAAUAAGAAUACGGCGUUCAGCGCGUUCUGCGAGAGCGUAAAACUUAUAAGAAGUGAAUUCAGCGCCACAGACGCGGCUUCAAAUCCGGGUAGAUUGUGGAGUGUCGCCAUUCCCUUCCCGGAAGAGGUGGAAGAUUCAGAGGUGGAAAUUUCUGUGUAUGUGGAGAAUCUCGAGACUCCCCUCCUGCUUCUGCAGAGAGACACAGUCCGGAUUGAAGAUCUCAUUUCUGAUAUCCUCCAUAAGUUACAUGGAUCUGCCUCUGCCCUGUACCCGUCUCUGCACACGCCGGAUUACAUCCCGCCGACUCAUCGUUACCCGGACCAGGACCGAUAUUAUCCACCCCAGAAUCUGCCAUCGCAGAGCCUGUACCCGUCCCUGAACUUCUCUCCGGCACCGGACUCUCCACCAUACCCACCGGACCCCAACCGGAAAGUCAGUUUGCUUCGGAUCUGCGGCGGGGAUGAGUAUCUGCAGAGAGGAUUCAGCUUGCGGAGUCACUCGAGUCUCCAGAGAUUGUCACGCAUUCGCCUCCGGCUCCACGAUGGGGGGGAUGUCGCGCUUCCGCUGGCCCGAUCCGUGGAGGAUGACGGGAAGCAGCUGGAGCUCAGCGACCGGCAGGAACAUCUCCAGUACUGGGCGGAGCUCAGGGCGCGGUGUUCUGAGAAAUCCAGCAGUGGGUGUGACGAGACCCCCCCAUGGACGGGUCAGGUGGUCGGGCUCAGGAUUCGGCAACACCGGCAUCUGUCUGCGGUCUCCAACGUCACCUUUCCCCACAAUGCUGCAUGGAGGUUAAUGGAUCUUCUUCCCUUCCAGAAAGAGGCUGCGAAGCGCCGUCCACCAAUUUUUGUCUUUCAGAACGGCGGCAUUGGUGGACUUCUGGAAGCCGUGAAAGAAAUCUGUUACCUCCUCCGCUCGGUGGAAACCAAAGAGAUCAGCGAGGCCGUGCAGAGUGUCCGCACUUCCUGUUACUGGCCCCAUCAGGUCUGGGCCGCAUCACCGCAGGGGAAGACCCCGGCCCAGGACGCGGUGACCGCGCUCUCCCUCGCCAUCUCUCGCCUCAUCAAUGUCCACAGCCGCAGCUUCUGCGCAGAUUUCCAGACGGGGAACCCGGACGAGCCGCACGGGACGGCGGAGCCGCGUGAUCACCUGACCUUCCACCUGUACGCUGCACACGACCUUCCCUAUCACUGGGCGACCAGCCAGAAUGCCGCCUUCUAUAUCUCGUGUUCGGUGACUUACAGCGGGAGGAAAAUCUGCCCUGAGAUCCGGUCCGGGAAUGUGAAGGCCACGCAAUCGCUCUUCUCCAGACUUGUGUGGGAUGAAGUGAUGACGUUUCCGCUGCCGCUGGCGGCUCUGCCGUACGAGACGAUAUUGGUGCUGAGAUUGUGCGCGGUGACUGACACUCGCAGCUCCUUCCUGGCCUGGUCCUGUCUGCCCCUCUACCCCACCCAGCAGAUGGUUGGCGGGACUCUGCUGCUCAAUAUGAUCUCUCACGCCGAACCGCCGGCCGCCAUCACCCCGGGAGCCUUCGAUGUCGCCCUGCCCACCCUCGUCACCCUACAGUGGGGAAAGCCGGCAGAGUUCAGGAGGAGGCUCUCUGAGGCAGACAAGCUGUGUCUGUGGCAUUACCGUCAUUGUGCCAACAAACCGCCUGGAACCCUCCCUCUGCUGCUGGGCAGUGCCCCAAGCUGGGACCCCCCGUCUGUAUCCGCCAUGUACAGCCUGCUGCAGGACUGGAGCUUCACCGACCCGCUGGAGGGCCUGAGCCUGCUGAGCCCCUGCUUCUCAGAUGAAAACAUUCGUGACGCGGCGUGCCGCCAGAUCGGGAAGAUGUCAGAUGAUGAAUUGCUGGAAUUCCUGCCGCAGCUUGUUCAGGCAGUAAAGUUUGAUUGGUGCCUGGACAGCGCUCUGGUGAAGCUCCUACUCCGGCGGUCGCUGCGGUCUGUCCAGAUCGCCCACAGAUUGUUCUGGCUGUUAACAGAUGCUACAAACGAAUCUCAUUAUAGACGCUUGUAUCAGACGCUGCUGGCCGCACUCCAAUUCUGUACGGGGAGCGCCAUGAAUGCCGAAUUCUCCAGAGAGACCGAAAUGAUGAAAAUCCUGCAGAGUAUCGGGGAGAGGGUCAAGAAUGCCCCGGAGGAGAAAAGACAGGAAACUCUGAAGUCGGGCCUGAAUGAUCUGGGUCGGUUCUUUGAAGAGGUGAAAAGUUGUCGCCUUCCUCUGUAUCCGGCCAUCGUUGUGAAAGGAAUCAGCAGAGAGCUGUGUUCUUACUUCAAAUCCAACGCCAAACCGCUGAAGAUCACCUUCCUGAACGCCGACAGCAAGGGGCCCGACAUCCACCUCAUAUUCAAGGCAGGAGAUGACAUCCGGCAGGACAUGCUCAUCCUCCAGAUCAUCAAUCUCAUGGACAGGAUCUGGCUCCAUGAAGGACUGGACCUGCGGAUGGUCACUUAUCGGUGUUUAUCCACCGGCAGGAAACAAGGUCUGAUUGAGAUGGUCCCGGACUCCACAACCCUCGCCAAGAUUCAGAACGCCGGCGGCCUUUUUGGCCCUUUGAAAGACUCGUCGAUGAAGAAGUGGUUCGGAGGCAGUACCAGUCUAAUACAUAAUUUUCUGUGCUCUGUUCCUCAGGCGGCAGAUAACUUUCUGUAUUCCUGCGCCGGCUGGUGCGUCGCCACCUUCAUCCUGGGUGUCUGUGACCGCCACAACGACAACAUAAUGCUGACCAGCACGGGUCACAUGUUCCACAUUGACUUUGGGAAGAUUUUGGGAAAUGCGCAGAUGUUUGGGAAGGUAAAGAGAGACCGGUCGCCGUUCAUCUUCACCAGCGAGAUGGAAAACUUCAUCACGGAGGGGGGGAGGAGCCCACAGCGCGCACAGGAGUUUGUGGAUCUCUGCUGCUGUGCGUACAACAUCAUCCGCAGACACAGCGCAUUACUGAUCACCGCCCUGGAGCUGAUGCUGCAGGCCGGCCUGCCCGAAUUAUCUGGUGUUCAUGACCUGAAGUACGUCCAUGACAACCUGCGGCCUUACGACUCCGAUCUACAAGCAACAAGUUAUUUUACAAGCAAGAUUACGGAGAGUCUGCAGUGUGUUUCUGUGAAGUUGAAUUUCUUGGUCCACGCUUUUGCCAACAUGAGCCCGGGGGAUGCGGCAAAACUAGCCGGACAGGGGAACCCGUCCCUGCCGAAAUUCAUACGGAAAACAGCUGUGAAGGGCUUAAAGAAGAUCUCUAAAAUGGUGAGAGCCGCGUGUGACACCCUCCCAGAAGUUCGGCAGCUCUAUGAGUUCCCCUCUUCUCUGGUGUCGGAUAUUUGGCCGCACGGAGGAAUUGAAGAUUUUAGCACCAUUUUUCCUCCAUGCGACCUCCGAGCCGCAGUCCUCCCUCCCCCCACAGCCCCCGUCGGGAUAAACGGCCGCCGGAGAUUCCUGAAAAACGGAUCGAUCUUGUUCCUCGGUAAAGAGCGAAUUCUAACGGAGCUCAAGGCGACGAUGGACAAUGAGCCGGCCAGUGCAGGGGGUAAGUGUCCCUCAUGUGAUGAAGAUAGGGAUAGUGGUGACAUAUUUCUCUGUACCAUGAUGGAUGUGGAUCUUCUGAAUGAAUAUGAUAUUGCAGGUCAGAAUUUACUGAUCUUUCUCUUCUCUGAUUGGUCAGAUGGCGAGCGUGGGAUUCAGCUUCACUUCUCCUUCUCUCCUCCCGUCUUCUCCGUCCUCCUCAAACAUCUCCGGAAUAUUCAUUUAUUGGAUGGCUCCGCCCCCAGCGCCAGCGUCACCAUCUCCCUCCAUUGCCAGAACAUGGAGAUAUCCAGAGAGGAGGUCAAAUCUCCGGCCAGAUCUCCGGCUCCUACCUUCAACAAGCUGGUGCAGUUCUCGGUGGGCCAUUUGGCUGGUCAUGUGAUGAAGUUCCAGGUGAAGAGUAAAGGGUCCUUCCUGGGGGAGCUGAGCGUAUCAUUGAGCACCGUCCCACUAAACAAGGACGUCUGGUAUCGCCUGGGAGGAUGACCCAA